GUGGGUGGGCGGGUGUGACGACAGUCCCAUGGGUUCAUCCGCGACACCCACACCACGAACGACACACACACACGCACACACACACGCACCAAACUCACCCACACACCUGUCUGUGUCAGUUCCCCCAUCCACCAAUCCACCCCCACGAGUCAGUGGUACGAACCAUUCCUUCCAUCCAUCCAUCCAGCGACAAACGACCCAACACACGAGAUGACACAAGUGAACAAGGCAGACAGACAGACAGACGCGCAGGCAGGCAGGCAGACAGACGUACAAACGUACAAACGAAGAGACAGAUCGACGGCGAGAACCUGUCAGUUCUGCGCACCGACAUAUUUACUGUCUGUGCUGUGCUGUGUGCGCGAGUGAGUCUGAUGGAACAAUGGCAUUAUGGCGGCAGAGGGAGAGGGGGACGGGGAGGGAGGGAGGGAGGGAGGGAGGGGGGAGCGAUCAAGAGACAGAGAGGGAGAGGGUGACUGACAGACUCACACAGACCGACUGACGCACGAUAGAUGACAAAGGCACACACACACACACAGAGAGAGAGAGAGAGAGAGAAAGGUAUGGGUGAUGGGAGGGCGGGCGGGUCGGUGGGUGGGUGGGGCCGCAAAAACGAUACAUACGGUAUCAUCACAACACACGCACACGCAUCGAUCCAAGACACCAGACUCUGUGCAGACCAGUCAUGUCAUACAUACACACGUGGGCAGGGCAAACACACACACGAACGAGAAGAAAUGCCCCCUCUCCCUCCCUCCCUGCCUCCCUCGUUCUUUCUCUGCCUCUGUUCUGUUCUGCUGGCUAGGCUAAGAAGAGACCAACGGUGCUUGCUGCGAAUUAGCCCUUGCCUCCGUCUUAACAGCAAAAAACAAACAAAACAAAAGCGUUCGUUCGUUCCUUGCACGGCACGCCUCAAAGUGUGUCUGUUCUGUGUCGUUGUGACACUCCCUCGCUCACUCUCUCAGCCUCGGCCGCCCGGUGUGCCGACCGACAUAUACAGGAAAGAAGCAACCAUAGCAAGGAGGAUACACAUCGUAAUGUACAGCGGUGGGGGGGUGGAUUGGUGGAUUGGGUGGGUGGUUUGGUCAAUCCAUGCCAUGCAGCGUAUAAAGACCACCACCACCACCCGUGUGUGCCGCCCCGCCCCGUCCCCCUUGUAUGUGUGUAUCGGUUAAAUUACAUUCUGUGUGUGCCAGCCUUUCGCCCGCGCCGCAACAGACUCAACAAACACCAGAGAACAAGCGAUAGACACCUGAGAGCACGAGAGAGAGAGAGAGAGAGCGAGAGACGUGGGUGGGGCUGAUGGCUGGCUUUGAUUGACAAAGAACAGUACAUAUCAUAUGAAGGCAUGACUGACUGACUGAAUGAAUGGAUAAAGCGCGCUCCCCCGUGCUGUGUUGCGUCAUGCCCCCCGGGCCCACUCUUGUCCCUCCCCCUCUCUGUCCCGUGUGCUGUGCAUUUGCAUGUCCAUCCAUCCAUCCAUCCAUGUGUUAUGCAUGCAGCAUACGACGAUACAAAUAAGCCUAAAGGACGUGACGUGACCUAAAAGUGGCUGGCCUGCUUCCCUUCUUCCUCCUUAUCUCCGUAGUGGAUGGACUGGCGCGCACCAGCGCAUCGCCCAAUUCUCUUCCUCCGUGUUUUUCCUUACGUCUGUCUGUGUCUGUGUCUGUCUGCGGGCCGAUUCAUGACAUCGCGUCCCUCACUGUUGUCCUCUUCAGUGUGUCAACCACCGGAGAGGAUGGCAGAGAGUGACGCAGCACGAUGAAUCGGCUCGACAGCACAGGACACACCGACGGCAACAACAACAUUUCCUCAAAUCAAUCAAUCAAUCGAUCAGGUCGUGACGCACUCUCUUCUCUCUCUAUGGACUGACUGACUCUAUACAUCAAUCACUUUGGCGAUCUCAUCUGACCUGCCUGCCUGCCCGCCUCCCUGCCUAGCUUGAAACACAUGGGGAACAAAGCAUGCAUCAGCGUGCCUCGUCCCGCUCUUACAAAAGCCCAAACACACAUGCCGCCCCGCGCCACACACAGCCAUCACACAAACCACUCCCGCCCCGCCCCUACUGCCCGUUCCCGCCACCCCCACCAGUAAGAGCACCGCUGCCGCCAAAGGCCGGUGGCAUUUCGACGGUGCCUGCAUUCCAAAAUGGGCCUCUGUGCCAGGAGAGGCCGGACGAGGGCGACGUGGGGCAAGACAUGGCUGAUCGGGUCUGCACCUGCAUCUGCGUCUGCCCCCAUUCUGCGGGCGACAGCAUCGGUGGUGGUUGUGCUGCAACUGGUGUGGGGGCUGCUGCGUGGGGGUGCGAUGAGGGAGGAUAGAACGCCUGAUGAGCCGACGGCUGCGGGGCGGCCUUGAGGAACGACAAGAGGUCGCUCCACGUCCCUGUGCCAGAUGGACGUGGUGGUGGUGGAGGUGGUGGUGGUGGUGCAGUGGCCUGGGGAGGGGGGAAGGGCACGCCGCCUCCCCCGCCACUCUCCUUGCCCUGCCCAUCGUUGGCUGCACCACCGCCAUUGCCCCCCUGCUGCACGCGCCCGAGCGCCUCUGCGAGCUUCAUGAGAGUGGCCGGGUUGAUGCAGGGGUGCUCCACCUGGGAAGCGUCUGUGUCGGGGAGGGGCGGGUGCUGCGGGGACUGCUGCUGGUGGUGGCCGUCAGCUGGAGUCGGGGUGUCUCCGUUGUUGCCGCCAGGCGGUGUCUGCACGUCGGAGUAGAGGAGCUUCUCCACCAGGUCUCUGUUGGCUGCAAACCACAGGAGCAAUACGAACACACGAGUGGUCGAUAUACGGCUGUUUCUGCACCACUCUCUCUCUGUCUGCCUGGGUUGCUGCUCACCGUGCACAAUGGCCGCCAGGUCAGCCACGCUCAGGGCCUUUCCCCCUUCGCCCUGCCUCUGGCUUUGCUGCUGCAGCUGCUGCAGCAACAUGGCCUGUGUGUGCGGGUCACUCAUCCCGCCGACACCACCUGCAGCAGCGGCCGCAGCCGCAGCAGCAGCAACAGGCUGCCCGGCUAGUGUGUCCUCGAGCGACAGCGUCUCCAGCCGAAUGUCGCUUGGCGAGUGGCAAGUCGACCCAGGAGCCAGCUGCGCCGCCUUGAUACCCGAUCUGUUGCUGUCGCCGCUCUCUGAUCCUCCCGCACUCAUUCCGCCUGUGGUCCCCUGCCUCGCUGGACGAUUUCGCGACAUCCGCAGACGCGUCGGUGCCGUCGACACGUGUGCGGUAGUGGUGGGGGAGGCCGUGCUGAGCGGCUGCCUGCCCGUCGCGAGGGCCGGGUGCGGGGGAGGCGGCAGCGUGUUGGCCUCUGGUGGCCCCACUCCCGGCGCCGGCAUCGGCUGCAUCGCAUGCAUGGGCUCGGCGGGUCCAAGGGGCAUCAUGUCUGCCUCAUGCUGCUCGGGGGGGCGUGAAGGUCUCCCUGAGAAGCGGAAGAUCUCUCCCGCGUUGGCCGGGGCGGCCAGAGAGGGCGGCGGGGGGAAGGGGGACACACCAGCACCAGCACCAGCACCGGCAAUGGCAGGUGCGGCAGCCGCACCCGCACCAGACGAAGAUGACGCCGCAGGAAAGAUGUCCAGCGGCUUUGACAUAAAGGACAGCUGAGGUGAGGACGGCGGGUUCUCCCUCGACUGAGCGAGUGGGUCCUCGCCCAGAAUAAUUUCCCCACUCGGCGGGGCGAACGGGUCGCUCGAGCUCGUCGUCGACGGCAGCGGGCCCAGCAUCCGGUCCACCGCCGAGAUGUCCUCCUCCGAUAUCCCGGGAUCCGCCUCCACCGUUGACGGCGGGCCUGGGGGAUGGUGGAUGUGCGAAUCGGCGUGCGGGUCGGCCGGAGGGACGCUGCCGGGCAUCUGCACCCUCAUGCCAAACGAGAAGUCCCCACUGGAGUCGACCGAGUGGCUCAGGGGGGGCGGCAUGCGCGCCUGUGCCAGGGGGGUGGAGGAGGACAUGGCCAGCGGGUCGGUGCUGCCGGGCGGCUGUCUGAGCACCUGUGAGGGCGACUCCAUCGGCUCCGUCUUGAUGGCAAGGGGGAAGCCGUGGCCUGGCGGAUAGGGCGAGGGGAAGAUGGACCGGUUUGGGGGCGACGUCAUGCUGCUGAUGCUGCUCAUGCCGGCCGCAGGGUCCAUCGCCGGGGCUGCAUGUUGUGCCGCCGCAUACGAGAAAAAGGAACUGUUUGUGGCGCCGGCCUGUGAGACGACAGACGCCUUGAGACGGCCCUGCUGCCGCAGGUGAGUCUGGGGGGGCUGAUGGGGGUCGACGGCUGGCGCUGCUGCUGUUGCUGGUGGUGCUGGUGUGCGAUGGUAGGGGUAUCCUGGCGCCUGAGCGGGGCUUGGGGUGGAGAAGAUGUUUGCCGUCUGCGUGAAGUGCCCGGGGUGCACUGGUGGCGGCAUGUGCUGAUGCUGCACCGGGUGUUGCUGGUGGGGAUGCAGGGCGGCCUCAGCACCGUCGGCGGCGGCCGUCUCGCCGUCGUAGCUGUUGCUCUCGCUCUCCUCCCCCUCGUCACCAUGCUCCAGAUGGUCGUGUGGCUGUGACGAGCUGCCGUCCUCAUCACUGUAAGCCUCGCUGUCGUCAUCUCCUCGCGGAUCAUCCUUUACGCGCACGUGCCCACGGCCAUACGCCGGCGUGGCCACCAGGUGGGCGUGCGCUGCUGCUGCUGACGGCAUGUCCUGUUGCUGCUGCUGUUGGUGCUGUUGCUGGGGCGGGGUGAGGUCGCGCGGCUCUGGGGAUGCGGAGGGUGACGGUGUGGUGUUUUGCAGGGUGCUUGCCGCCUUUUUUGCGCGGGCCUUGGGCUUGUCCUUGGCUUUGCCGCUGCCCUUCUUGUGAUACUCGUCGUGCCACAGCUUGCGACGGAGGGAGUUCCAUCUGACAGCAACAGAGGGAGGGAGGAUGCCAUUGGUUGGAGCGGUGGUGCUUGAUCGUUCGUCUGUCCCCCCCACCCACCCACCCACCUGUUCUUGACCGAGUUCUCCGUCCGCCCCGGGAGCAGUUUUGCGAUCUCUGACCACCUGUUGCCCAUCUUGGCCUGCGCUUCGAGCAGCAAAUGCUCCUCCUCAGCCGACCACUCGUCGCGCUGACACAACAACAGACAACACAAACAUGUACAUGUAUGUGUGGGUGUGGGUGUGCGAACGGGGCGGGCGGCUGCGGCUCAGGUUAGCUUCUUACGCGAAUGGUGGGGUCGAGGUGGUUGUACCACCGUUCGCGGCACUGCUUGCCGAGCCUGAAGGUGUUGCAGCGGCGGUUGACCUCCUGCGCCAGCGACGUCCACCGCUGCGGACCCCACUUCUCAACCAGCUCCUUCAACACGAUGUCCUCCUCACUCGUCCAAGGACCUGGUUGUUGCGCGACGGCAGACAGAUGUGCGAGCGGGUGGGGUGUUUCGGUAUUGGGUGCUUGUGUGCGUACCUUUGACGAGGCCGGGCAUGAGAACUUUGUGCCAUCUGUGAAGGCACUGGACGUCAGUCCGGCCGGGGAUGAGCGCGGCGAUCUUCUUCCAGUUCUUGCCGUCAUGGAGCUUCACGGCCUCCUUCAACCUGCUCCAUGGACACAGGCAAAGACAGAGCAAUGUAACACGCACACCCCCUUUAGCCCCACUCACUCCCCCCACUCACCGCUCGUCCUCAUCGGCCAUCCACCUCUGGGCGUCCUUGGCAGACCUUCGUGUCUGCCCCUGGCUGAUGGCCUCCUCAAAAUUCGACUUGACGGCAGCCAGCCCACCACCCACACCCACACCGACACCCAUGCCCAUCUCACACCCUGCAGCAGCCGGCCCCUGCUGCUGCGUCGGGUAGAGGGGCGGCAGGCCCGACGAGCUCCCGCCUUUCUGCCGCGAGCCUCGUUUCUUGGCCGCCGGUCGCGACGAGUCGGCGUCGGUCUGCAUCGGCACCUGGGGCGAGUGCAGCCGCUGCUUCUGGUACUGUGGCGAGAUGGCAUACUUGGUCCCUGCACACACAACACAACACAAACCAACACACACCACAGGAGAGAACAGAGAGAUCAAACAGGAGAACGCAGCGCCAAUCAGGUGAGCAGAGCAGAUCGCCACAGUUCAGCUUUCUCUCAAUGCGCCAACUGACCGUGUGGGCUCAUGAGGUCUCUGUCGGUCGUUUGUCUCUUGGACUUGGCACCGCUCCUCAGCCCAUAGGCGUCUUGCUGUGCCGGCGGGUAGGCGUCCGCCACCAAACUGGACCCCGGCGGCGGGGCGAAGUGGGCCUCCGCCGCCAUCAUCGCCGCACGACAAACCUACAAAUUCUGACACCGCACCGGGUGCUCACAGUGCCAGCGAGCGCUCUCUCUCAGAUCUCCGACGACAGAUCAAAAACAAAAAGCCGCCGAAACAAACAGAAAAGUGUGAGGCCCCUCCAGCGCCAUAUUCGGCUUGGUGUCCUCACGCCUCAAAUCGCCGCAAAAUCAUUCGCAACCUAGCUCGCAGGUGCGAGCUAAGCCGAGAGAGGGGCGGAAAAAGGUAGAGGAGGCGUGUGUGUGUGAGAGGGCGUUGCAUUUUUCGGCGGCUGGUGGCGUUUUGACGAUGCAACAACGGGGAGAUAUAGUCGUUGUGUUUUGCUGGUGAAUCUGCUGCUUGCUGCUGGAGAGGAGAGGACAGACAGGAGGCCAUGCGCAUCGAUGGCGAGGCGUCCCACCGCGAAUGGAAAGGCGCCACGUGGGAUCCGCCUCUGCGUCAUCGCCGUCUACAUCAUUACUGUAGUCAGCAGCGGCAGUGGCAUGACUGCCGCCCGGCAACACCAUUACAGUGGCAGCGGCAGAGGCAAUGGCACGUCGGUGACCAUCGCACUGCAGCGGCGGGUGCUCACCGACAGGCUGCUGCUCAACCUUGAGCGCACCAAGCAGUCGGCAUCUCUCGCUGCGCAAGCUGCUCUGACGGCCCAGAGAGAGAGGGAGGAGGGCCGGCAGGGUGGCAGUGAGGGUGACGACUCGGGACAGCAGCAGCAGCGGCGGCAAGCCCACUUUGUCACGGCGCCACACACACGGCUGCUGACG